UCCAAGCAGGGCGCGAAAUAUCCCCUUUCUCAUACACUCGCAAGGACCUUCCUUCGCACAGUGUGCCAGAGUGUUAGGCUUGCUCCUGCUGGUGCUUUCUCGAGAACCCGAGCCCGAUACCCACAACUCGUCCCACACGAGCGUCCGGAGAGCGUGGAUCGCCCUGAUAUUCGCCCAGAGCCACUACACUUCUUGCGAACGAACCACUCGACUAGAACACACUACAAAAUGUUCAAGAACCACCUCGCUAUGAUUGGCAUGAAUGAGACGCCAAACAAAAAGGCCAAAUUCUGGCAGUCAUACAUCAGAUCCUUGAAGGGAUCCGAUGAUAUUCGUGCACACGACACGCCGGCCUACCGGCGGCCGAUCCUGCUGUUCGACGAACCGGACACCGCCGUCGGUCGCAUCAACUCACCCGGCUACCACUACUUGCCGGUUCACCGGGAAACCUAUGGCUACUCGCCCCGGCCAAUCUACGACCACCACUACACGCGUUCGCAGAGAGCACCAAGCGUAAACAGACUGGCCGAUGCCGAGAAAGCCUGGGCUGACCAUCUCGAGCGGAUGAGGGAGAUCGACCGCAGAUACCCAUCCCGCUACGGGCUGUACCUCAAGGACAAGCCGAGCCAGGUUGUGUUUCCGCAGGAGAUGGAGUACGAACCGGAGACGAAGCCGCUCUACUCAACGCUGCACUAAGCGUGUGCGGUGGCCCCGCACCUCCGCACCCCUUCCCUUCAUCCCCCCCACCCCGAACUCCCUUUCCAACUACACCUUCCCUGUACACCCACCCGAUGUAGGGAGUCGUCGCCACCGGUGGUUCAACACCUUCUCAACGGCUGCCCGAGCGAGAAUCGAAGUGUGGCCAAAGGAGGCGCCUGGUGCCCGCAGGACCUUCCAGGGAUGUAGUGCGAACGGCACAGGUAGCCCGGAGGCGGUCAAUUAGCUGACGGCCGAAUGCAAAAAAAAAAAAACCAUGAAGAAAAUUGUCGCUCACGCCUCCUCUGCGGAUGGGGUGGACGGUAGACGAACCAAAAAAAACAAAAUGAAUGAAAGCUAAAUACACACACGCACACAGACUCUCACACAAGCACACGCACACAAACACACACACGCGCGCACUCUCGAGAGAGAGAGAGAGAGAGAGUUCUAUAAUCUCAAACAUGCGUAAUCAACUAACAGGCGCUGACAGGCAGGAGUGAGGACGAACGAUAAAUAUUGUGUAGAAUGGGAAUGGAUUUUUCUCUUUUUGUUUGUUUCGUCUGUUUUCUUCGCAAAAACGAUUUCUAAAGCUCCACACCCUAAAAAUGCAUAAUAAUAAUAAUAAACUAUGACAAGUAUAGCGAACAAGGGGUUGCACACAGUUAAUGUAAACCGUAAGGUCAGCGAUCCAGGCGAGGUCACACAGGUGUAUGAGGCAGAACCCCCAUCAAAAAGGGAUUCGAAAAUCAGCGAGAGAGAGAGAGAGAGAGAGAGAGAGAGAG